AUGAGUGAUAAGAGUGCCUCAAAGAGAGAUGAGGGAGAAUUGAAGACCCAAGUUCCAUUGAGAACAUAUGAGCCUCGUAUUCCAUUCCCUCAUCGAAUGAUAGAGAAGAAGCUAAAUGAGAAACUUUCCAAGUUCCUUGAUGAAAUGAAAGGACUUCAAUCAAACAUUCCACUUCUUCAUGCUUUGUCACAAAUGCCUACAUAUGCAAAGUUUUUGAAAGAUCUUCUUUCUAAAAAGAGUAAACUUGAGGAGAGUGAUUCUAUCUCCCUUCCAACGAAGAAAGUGCUAUUCUUCAAAAUGAGUUUCCCGGGAAGUUUGGUUGAAUCUUGGGAAUAUAAGACCACCGAAAUGUCAAUCCAACUAGCCGACCACUCGAUUAAAGUCCCAUUGGGAGUCUUAAAGGACAUCCCGAUUCAAAUGGGGAAAGUUCUUGUUCCAUGCGAUUUUGUAAUCAUGGAUAUGGAUGAGGAUUCCAAAAUUCAUCUCAUAUUAGGUAGGCCCUUUUUGAAAACCGCGGGUGUUAAUAUUGACAUGAAACAAGGGCGGCUUACCUUACAUGUUGGGGAUGAAAGAAUCUCUUUCUCAUUUCCGGAAACGUUGAAUGACCCUAUGGUUAAACAAGUUCAUCGGAUUGAUGUUUUGGUUAAUACUUUGAAAGAAGAAAUGGAGGAUUCACAAGAUGAAUUGACUCAUGCUCCGAAGGUGAAAAAGCAAAAGAGAGCCAAGAAGAAAAAGAGAAACAAGAUCAAGUUGAUGGAGAAAAUAUUUGGUUUCAUUUCUAGUGAUGACGAUAGUAAAGAGAUUAUUUUGCCUAAGGAAAAUGGCAAGAGUGUGGGAACAAUGAGGUGA